AUGAAAUUACAAUCAAUUAAUAACAACAUCAGCAUUAAGAAGCAAAACAAAAAUCAAAAUUAUCUUGAUCCAAUCUUCCGUGAAGUUUUGAAACCUAUGAUUGUGAAAUUAACAGCCAAACAACUUUUACGUCGUUGCUUACGCGAAAUUACUCAAAAUUCAAAUGAAUCGUUGAAUUCGGUUGUUUGGAGUAUAUUAACUCAAUCGAAAAAUCAUGGAUUUCGUGCUGUACGUGGUUCUGCUGCUCUAGUAGCAAUGUAUUUUAAUUCAGGCAGCAACAUUUUAUUCGAUUAUUUUAAGCAAUAUGGAAUAAAAAUUAGUGAAACAUUAUUCAAACAUUUAUUCGAAAUGGAUAAAAAAAGAGCUAUUAAUUCUAAAACUAACGAUAAACAACGACAAAAUCGAAUAAAGAAAAACACUUUUGAUCGACAAAAUUCAAUCGAAGCCACAUCAGAUGUAGUCGACUACAAUCCAGGUGGUUUUAAUUACUGA